AUGACUCAAACUGAGACUGCACUAGCUUCCAUACAGGCUAUCGAAAUGCCAGACAUGGCAAAUACGACGGACGCUACAUAUACUUCCAGUCUAAGUCAUACGAAUACACCAACUAUAGUUAAAACAACCGCAACCGACAAUUCAACUUUACAGGAUGACGAGGGCUCUUCUAUGCAUCAUGUUGAUCUUUAUUCAAUUCCUACUGAUCAUAUAGAACAAUUUGUUCCACAGCCGUAUGAUUCAAAGCAACCAUCUCACUCAGGUGGAGGUGGUGGCAACCAUUUAUCCAAGCCAUCACUCUCACAGAGAGAUGAACAGAGAUUUGAGGAGAACAUUGCUAUGAACAAAGCUUUAACAGUGGUUGCACUUUCCAGAUUUAAUAGAACUGUAUCCCACGCUAUGCCCCUUUAUUUUGGUACAGACGAGAUCGAAUUCAGCAUAUAUAGAAAACAGGCCCUAAGGAACAGAAGACUCUCAUCCAACGCUAACUAUCCCGAUGGUGAGUCCGAGACUGACCAUCAUUAUACUCGGCUUUCUACGAGGAAUUUCAGAGUUAAAAUUAGGGCUUCAAGUUUCUCUAGUGGUCCUAAAGCUUUCAAGGCUCCAAAGGCUUCAAGGGAUUCAAUGGCUCCAGAGCCUCUAAGAGCUCCAAUUACUACUACUAGUGUUAAGGAUCUCAGCCCAACUCCUCAGUCUGUGCAGGAAGCUUCUUUACCUACCGCAUCCCGUUUAAAAUGGAGUGAAGCUAUACAGAGGGGUCUUCACAAGAGUAGCAGUAACCGGACUGACUCUACACCAGAAACUGCAGUGUCUACAGCUAUGACGGCGUCAACUUCUACAUCAAUACCACCGUCUUCGUCCUCCAUAUUAACAUCGGGUUCCCCUUCAGGUUUGUCGACCUCCACCUCUUCGACUCCACAAACAGAUACUCUGUUCACUAAGAGUGAUAAUUUAUCAAAACCUUUAGGUCUUGUGGCGUUGAAAGUCAUGUACGACGAGAAAUUCUUAGAGUCGAUCAUUGACGACAACAAAUCUGCCUUGGUAUACCCCCACGGAUUGAUUAAUACCGGCAGUAUAUGCUAUAUGAACUCUGUUAUUCAGAUGCUUCUUGAAUGUGAACCAUUUUCCCAACUUUUAAAUGUUAUUCGUGAUAAUACUGUUACCUCUUUCGAGAGCGGUAGCAAGACGCCGUUGAUCGAUGCUUUAUUAUUACUUCAUGAUUCAUUCAAAAAGCGUCCAAAUUCAGGUAACACAUUUAAUGGUCUUGCCACACGUGCAGAUGCUGUCAGCCCUCUGGGCUUCUACACAGCCAUUUCAAAGCUAGACAGGUUUCGUGACUUGGAAUGGGGCAAACAGGAAGAUGCUGAAGAGUUUUUAGGAUUUCUACUGGAUGGUUUGCACGAGGAAUUUGUCACUAGCCUCGAGAAUCUUCCUAUGGAGGAGGCCAUUAAGUUUGCCAAUAGUUUUAAAGAUCAAGAGACACCGGAUAGAAUAGUGUCUGCAGUAAAGACUAUUAAGAAUACCAGAGGUAAAGGAUUUGGAGCAGAGGCGGAAGAUGAAGAAGAUGCAACAGGAGAAGCCGGUAGAUGGAACGAAGUUGGAUCCAAUAGAAAGAUCGCUGUCAGGAGAACUUUUGAGUUUAAGCCUUCCCCAAUUGCACAGUUGUUUGGGGGACAAUUCCGGUCUGUAUUACAAAUGCCGAACUCCAAGAAAUCUUCAAUCACUUUAGAUCCAUUCAUGCACGUCCAAUUGGAUAUUAGUGAUCCAGAUACCACCGAUUUAGUGACUGCCUUUAAGAAGUUUUCUGAGGUUGAAGAGAUUUCGUAUGGUAACCAAAAGGCAAAGAAACAGAAUCUAAUUGAUAGGCUCCCCAAAAUUCUUAUCAUCCACUUGAAGAGGUUCUCGUUUGUUACGAUAGAUGAGAAUGGAGAGGGAAGCGAUAACUACGAAAUAGUUUCCUCAAAGCAGAAGAGACGCAAACAUGUUCAGCAGGCACCUGAGCAGGAGCAAGAACUACAGGAAGAAGAGACACCAAGUUCAUAUGAGCAUUCUAAUAAGCUGAUGGAGGGACGUAUAGAGAAAAUUCACAAAAAAAUCGGCUAUCAGCACGAACUCAAUUUACCGGCCUCAUGCAUUUCAACCAUGGCGUUUGAUGCAUCUGUUUAUAAACUUGUCGGUGUUAUAUAUCAUCAUGGCAGAACUGCAGAAGGUGGUCAUUAUACUGCUGAUGUUUUGGAACCUUCAGGAGAUUGGAUUCGCUUAGACGAUACCCAGGUGUCCAAGAUCACGAGCGAGGAAGUGAUUGAAAAUGGCAUCAACGGUGGCAACUUGACUAACAAUAAUAAGAGUGCCUACUUGUUGAUGUAUCAAAAGAUAUAA